AUGAAGACAAUUACUCCCAUUGCUGCCGGAAUCGGCAUCUUGUCUUCUAUAGCAAGUGCAUCCGUUCAAGGCUUCGAUAUAUCCCACUAUCAGCCUACUGUAAACUUUCAAAAAGCAUAUUCCGAUGGUGCCCGAUUCGUUAUUAUAAAGGCCACCGAAGGGACCACAUACAUUGACCCCAGUUUUAGCGAUCACUAUACCCAAGCUACACAAGCGGGUUUUAUUCGAGGCGGUUACCACUUCGCGCAGCCAGCUUCUUCUUCCGGUGCGGCGCAGGCCAACUACUUCCUAAAACAUGGAGGAGGUUGGUCAUCUGAUGGCAUUACUCUGCCCGGUAUGCUUGAUCUCGAGUAUGCUCCCAGCGGUGACAGCUGUUACGGAUUGAGCACCAGUGCCAUGGUCAGCUGGAUCAACGAUUUCAUCACAACUUACCAUGCCGCUACGACUCAGUAUCCUCUCAUCUACACUUCCACUAGCUGGUGGCAGUUGUGUACCGGAAACAAUGGCUCGUUCGGUAGCAAAUCCCCUCUUGUCGUCGCAAGAUACGCCAGCUCUGUGGGCACGUUACCCAAUGGCUGGAGUUAUUAUACCAUUUGGCAGAACAGCGACUCGGCUCCUUGGGGCGGCGACUCUGAUGUGUUCAAUGGAGAUCUAUCUCAACUCCAGAAGAUUGCUCGUGGGAGUUAG